AGACCUUUCUACCCUCCAUGAACAUGUGUGUAUAGGACGUACAAGACAAAUGAGUGUCCUCUGUUGUCCUGUGCUGCUGCUGUAGGUGGCUCAGACUUGGAGCUGUCCAACAAGGAGAAGAUGGACUCCAAAGAUGAAAGCUCCCAUGUGUGGCCGACGUCUGCGGAUCAUGAACAGAACACUGCACAGGUGCACUUUGUUCCGGAUGCUGGCACUGUGGCUCAGAUUGUAUACACUGAUGACCAAGUUCGUCCACCCCAGCAGGUGGUGUACACAGCAGAUGGUGCCUCCUACACAUCAGUGGACGGUCCAGAGCACACACUGGUGUACAUCCACCCGGUAGAAGCUGCACAGACUCUGUUUACAGAUCCAACUCAGGUAGCUUAUGUCCAACAGGAUGCCACAGCUCAACAGGUGCUGCCUUCCAUCGAGAGUGUGGAUGCUUCCGACCCUCUGGCAACUCUGCAGAACCCAAUUGCCAGACUAGAUGCAAAAGAGGAAGAGGAAGAGGAAGAAGAUGAGGAUGAGGAUACAGAGGAAGAGGAGGAAGAGGAUGCUGAAGACACCGAUGUGGAUGAUUGGCAGCCUGACCCACCCCGGCCUUUUGACCCCCAUGAUUUGUGGUGUGAAGAGUGUAAUAAUGCGCAUUCUUCUGUGUGCCCAAAGCAUGGCCCCUUGCAUCCGAUCCCUAACCGUCCUGUGCUCACUCGGGCGAGAGCAAGUCUGCCUCUGGUCCUCUACAUAGAUAGGUUUCUUGGGGGAGUGUUCUCCAAGAGGCGGAUUCCCAAGCGCACCCAGUUUGGCCCUGUGGAGGGGCCUCUGGUCAGGGGGUCGGAGCUGAAAGACUGCUACAUUCAUCUCAAGGUUUCUCUUGAUAAAGGAGACAGAAAAGACAGGGAUUUGCAUGAAGACCUGUGGUUUGAGUUGUCUGAUGAGACCCUUUGUAACUGGAUGAUGUUUGUGCGCCCAGCCCAGAACCACCUGGAACAGAACCUGGUAGCUUAUCAGUAUGGCCAUCAUGUGUAUUAUACUACAAUAAAGAACGUGGAGCCCAAGCAGGAACUGAAGGUGUGGUAUGCUGCUUCCUAUGCUGAGUUCGUGAACCAGAAAAUCCAUGAUAUAUCUGAAGAAGAAAGGAAAGUUCUUCGCGAGCAGGAGAAGAAUUGGCCCUGCUAUGAGUGCAACCGCCGCUUCGUCAGCUCCGAGCAGCUGCAGCAGCACCUCAACUCGCAUGAUGAGAAACUCGACGUGUUUACCAGAACAAGAGGCAGAGGAAGGGGUCGAGGCAAGAGGAGAUUUGGCCCAGGCCGGCGACCCGGGCGUCCUCCAAAAUUCAUCCGUUUGGAAAUCACCAGUGAAAAUGGCGAGAAGAGUGACGACGGGACCCAGGAUUUGCUGCAUUUCCCCACAAAGGAGCAGUUUGAUGAGGCUGAACCAGCUGCUCUGAACGGAUUGGAUCAGCCAGAACAAGCGUCCAUCCCAAUCCCCCAGCUGCCACAGGAAACCCCGACUUCCCUGGAGCAGGAGCCAGAAACUCACACCUUGCACCUGCAGCCACAGCAAGAAGAGACUGUGGUGCCUGCCCAGACCACUUUGACAGCGGAUGAUAUGCGAAGGGCCAAACGGAUCCGAUUGGAGCUGCAGAAUGCAGCUCUUCAGCAUCUAUUUAUCCGGAAGUCCUUCCGGCCUUUUAAAUGUCUGCAGUGUGGGAAGGCCUUCAGGGAAAAGGACAAACUGGACCAACACUUGCGCUUCCAUGGGCGGGAGGGGAACUGCCCUUUGACCUGUGAUCUCUGUAACAAGGGCUUCAUCAGCAGCGCCGCCCUGGAGAGCCAUAUGAAGCUCCAUUCAGACCAGAAGACUUACUCUUGCAUUUUUUGCCCAGAAUCCUUUGACCGCCUUGAUUUGUUGAAAGAUCAUGUGGCCAUUCAUAUCAAUGAUGGCUACUUCACCUGCCCAACUUGUAAGAAACGGUUCCCAGAUUUUAUCCAGGUGAAGAAGCAUGUGCGCAGCUUCCACUCGGAGAAGAUCUACCAGUGCACUGAGUGUGACAAGGCUUUCUGCCGCCCUGACAAACUGAGGCUGCACAUGCUCCGGCACUCUGACCGCAAGGACUUCCUGUGUUCCACCUGUGGGAAGCAGUUUAAGCGAAAAGACAAACUUCGGGAGCACAUGCAAAGGAUGCACAACCCUGAAAGGGAGGCCAAGAAAGCUGACCGCAUCAGCCGUUCCAAGACCUUCAAACCGCGCAUCACGUCCACAGACUACGACAGCUUCACAUUCAAGUGCCGUCUGUGCAUGAUGGGCUUCCGGAGGCGGGGAAUGCUGGUAAAUCACUUAUCAAAGAGGCAUCCAGACAUGAAGAUAGAAGAGGUGCCUGAGUUAACCCUCCCCAUCAUCAAACCCAACCGCGAUUACUUCUGUCAGUAUUGUGAUAAGGUUUAUAAGAGUGCCAGCAAGCGCAAAGCCCAUAUUCUGAAGAACCAUCCAGGAGCUGAACUCCCACCAAGCAUUCGGAAACUUCGUCCUGCUGGCCCUGGAGAACCUGACCCUAUGCUGAGCACCCACACCCAGUUGACUGGCACCAUCGCCACCCCUCCUGUCUGCUGCCCACACUGCUCCAAGCAGUAUAGCAGCAAGACCAAGAUGGUCCAACACAUUCGAAAGAAACAUCCGGAGUAUGCCCAGCUCCCCAACACCAUCCACACACCGCUGACGACAGCCGUGAUCAGUGCCACCCCAGCUGUCUUAACCACAGAUAGUGCCACUGGAGAGACUGUGGUGACAACAGACUUGCUAACUCAGGCAAUGACAGAACUGUCCCAGACCUUAACGACAGAUUACCGAACACCGCAGGGGGACUACCAGAGGAUUCAGUAUAUCCCUGUGUCUCAGUCAGCAUCUGGUCUGCAGCAACCUCAGCAAAUACAGCUUCAAGUGGUGCAGGUGGCUCCGGCCACUUCCCCACACCAGUCUCAGCAGUCCACCGUGGAUGUUGGCCAGCUGCAUGAUCCUCAGACCUACACGCAGCAUGCCAUCCAGGUGCAGCACAUCCAGGUCACAGAGCCCACCGCUGCAGCUCCGCCAUCCUCCCAGGUAGCUGGGCAGCCCUUGAGCCCCUCUGCUCAGCAAGCACAGCCGGGACUCAGCCCUUCCCAUAUCCAAGGCACUUCUUCCACACAAGGGCAGGCUCUACAGCAGCAGCAGAAUUCUUCCGUACAACACACAUACCUCCCCAAUGCUUGGAACUCCUUCCGUGGUUAUUCAUCUGAAAUUCAAAUGAUGACACUGCCCCCGGGUCAGUUUGUGAUCACAGACAGUGGCGUGGCUACUCCUGUCACUUCCGGGCAAGUGAAGGCAGUGACUCCGGGUCAUUAUGUGUUAUCAGAAAGUCAACCAGAAUUGGAGGAAAAGCAAACCUCUACCUUCUCCGGUGCAGUCCAAGUUCAACCCUCUACACACAGUGACUCCCUGGACUCUACAAGCCCCAGCCAACAACAGACCACACAGUAUAUCAUCACAACCACCACCAAUGGGAACGGGAGCAGCGAAGUGCACAUCACUAAGCCGUAGCCUUCAUCCUGCACCUGGAGUCCAGAGCUCAUACCACAUCUUUUCAUUCGAAAUCUGAAGCUUCAAACACCUAGACCUCUUUUUAAAGAUUUGUUACUCACUCAAGAGUUUGGGAACUACAGUUUUGACACACAUAUGCCAGGGGUGAUUUUUGCCAAGGUCAUCUUUACCCAAUUGAUUCUUCAAACCCUUGGGAUUUCUGCUAUGGAAUGCAGCUCUUUCAAGGUAAAGUUGACUUCCAGAUGGAGAAACUUGGCCUUGCUCUUGAGCUGGUUGUUUGUUUUGUUUUCAUUUUUGAACACACUGACAAGCCUUACUGUCCCUUUGUGGAAAUACUAAGUGGCAUAUUAUGUUCAUACCAAAGGUGGACACAGGAUAUACCAAGUCCAUGGUCAUUGGACUUCUGAAAUCCAAGCUAUGGCAUCAAAAGAGAAGGAGCAUUUAUUUCAUGGGUGUGAUUAGGUCAGAACCACUUUAUCUCAUGCAUUUGAGUUUUCAGUAAUUUAACAAAGGCAGCUUAUUGGAUGAAAAAAUUAAAAUGAUAAGAUAAAGUUUUGAUGAUGGUGUUCUGAAGGAAAAACUGUCAUCUAAAAAUUUUCUUAUUGCUGACUUCUCUCUCUUUCUCUCUCUCUCUCCUAUAUGGGGUCUCACUGUGCUGUCCAGUGUAACCUUAAACUCAUGGGCUCGUGAGAUCCUCCUGCCUUAGCCUCCCAAGUAGCUGGGACUACAGUCAGGCACCAUCAUGGCAGUUGUUUUUAAACUUACUUGUUUGGGGAAACCUAUUGGGCAGUGAUGGUGCUCCCCACAGAUGUUGACCCCAGGCAGAUCUGGCCUCAUGUUCUACAAGCAUAGACUCCCUACAAGACAAAAGGCUGCAUGAUCUCAACAGGAUUUAAAGCCCCUACAUUAAAAAGCUCUGCCCCCAGGCUUCUGGUUAUAUUUAACUGUUUUUAAGAAGGAGAUAUUAGUUCUAAUGAAAAAUUACUAAAGAUAUAAAUUGAGUAUAUAUGUAUCUACAUAUAGAUACUGCAUAUUUGUAGAUACAUAUGUACAUAUACAUAUGAAGAGAGAGGCAGACAGAACUGAAACCUUGUUCUGCCUCACAGGAUCCAUUUACUGCUCAUUAAUCAAGGUUGAGUUUCUUACUCCUACUGAGAUCAUCAGGUGUAUGUAUAACACUUUUUGUGAUGCUGGGAAUCGAACCCAGGGCCUCUUGCAUGCUGGGCAGGUUCCCCACCAUUGAGCUAUAAUUCUAGCCCCACAUCCCACUUCUGUUCACUGCAUUGGGUGUAUUUUAGCACUUUCAAUGCUGUCUUAAAAAGGAAGAUUCUUUGAAGUUGGGUAGAAAGGUGGCCUUUCUUCUUUCUAAGCAUUUUAAAUUUCAAGCAUAUUGUAACUCACCCAGAUCUUGUGAAAGAUGACCAACUUCCCACUUAUGGCAAAAAUAAAAAUAAGGGGACCAUUGUAAUACAUUGAGGUAAAAGGAUGGGUGUGGAGGAAAGCAGUUUUCUGUGUGAUAGUUGUCUUUUACCUGUUCCUGUUUGGGGGUCUUGUUCACUGUGGCCCUAGUGGGGAUAUUGCCCUCUUUCUAUGGCACAUUCCACUUGUACCCAAAAGACAUCUGAAAAGCCUGUAUUUUAACAACUUUUUGUGACGUACAUUUUAAAAGUAAUUAUUGUAGAGUGAAUUUAUCACUCCAGAUCAGGAAGACCUAAGUUCAUUUCAAAUGAAGUUAACUAAUUUAUUUUAUUUACAUUUCUGAGGGAAAACUGGGUCUGUGAAUUAAGAAAUAGAUUAUCUUCUGUGUGGUAAAGAUGCCUUCCUGGAAAGUAAUAUUUGGUUUUGAAGUCACUUUAUUAUGUAGAUCCUGCACUUUUCUUUUGAGAUCUCGUUCAUAGACUAUGUCUGAAUAUUUGGGCAUGAAAAUUUUGAGAAAAUUACCUCAAAAAUGUGUGGAAACUGAAAAUGGACUCUAUCUUUGAUAACAAAAAGGUAACAAUAUUUUCAACAUGAAAUGUUGACUCCAAGUCACAAAAUGCAAAUCUCCGGUUCCCAAAGUCCUGUAGUGUAAUAACUAACUACCCCAGGGUCUCAGCCAGAGGGACUUGGAAGGCAAAGAGCCCUAGACCAUCUCAAAGGUACAGUUUGAGUUUUUGUAAUUUAAAUUUGGCUGUUAGAGUGGUGUGGUGGCCCACGCCUUUAAUCCCAGCACAGAGACAAAGGCUGGCGGAUUUCUUGAGUUGGAGGCCACUGUGGUCUACAAAGAAUUCAAGGACAGCUAGGACUACCCAGAGAAACUCUGUCUUGAAAAACAAAACAAAACAAAACAAAAUAAAUAAAUAAAUAAAUAAAUUUGGCCUGUUGGAUUCUCUUUAAUUUGAGCCAGCAAGGUAUCUCCCUUCUCAGGAAUAGCCCAGUGAUUAAAAUAACAAGCCAAUCACUGAAGGAAGGUUGGUUUUGUGUCAGUUAUUUUUUAAGUUUUAAAAUACACAGGAAAAAUACUGUUGAA